CGGAAAUGUUUGGAACGUGAUGGAAACAAGGGGUGAGCAACACACCACAAAAGACACGUCGCAUUCCCCAACUUGGACGACGACGAUGGCCGACGCCGUUCGAUCUCGCAAUGCUGGAAGUAGCGCCGUCAUCACUGCUUCGGUUGUUGUGCCCACGUAUAAAGAAUGCGCGAACCUGAAGGAAUUGGUGACCCGUGUCUUCGCUGCGCUUGGGUCGCGCGCGUCGUCGACAGAAAUCAUCGUGGUCGACGACAACUCGAACGAUGGGUCUGCAGACGUGAUCAAAGCACUCGCAGCGACCGGGUUAAACGUGCGCAUCAUCGUGCGAACAACUGAUCGUGGACUUAGCAGUGCGGUCCUGCGUGGCUUUGAAGAAGCCAAGGGCGAUCUCCUUCUGUGCAUGGACGCAGACUUGCAACAUCCCCCCGAGAGUGUUCCCCAUCUUCUCGACGCAAUCGACCCCGCCAAGGGAUCCGAUGCGGAAUUUGUCAUUGGCACGCGGUACGGUGGUGAUCGAUUUUCUGUCGACAAGGAUUGGCCGUUGUACCGCCAAGUCAUUUCCAGCGGCGCUCGCAUGCUCGCCCGACCGCUCAGCGGCCUGUCUGAUCCCAUGACGGGGUUCUUUGGUGUGCCUGCCAAGGUGCUUCAACGUGCUCGCAAGAGUGAAGUGAACUCGGUUGGGUUCAAAAUCGCAUUGGAGCUCUUUGUCAAGUGCCGCGUCAAGAAGCACGCCGAAGUGCCCAUCAACUUUGGCGUCCGCGUGCACGGGGAAAGCAAGUUGUCGGGCAAAGUGAUUGUGCUUUAUUUGCAGCACUUGUUCGACCUGUACAACUUUGCGUACCCGUCGCUCUUGUGGUGCAUCUUUCUCCUUCUCUUCACGCUCGCCCUUAUCACAUUCUUGUGAGCCAAAGUACAUUCAUCAUACACUUUGCUUUUCGUUGA